ACAGAGAAACCCCGUCUCAAAAAAAAAUUUACUCGGUUCACUUUAUGUAUAUUAUUUUAAUGCCCACCAAAAUGCAAAGUUUUAGAGGGCAAGGAAACACUAGAUCAAUAGUGGGCAGCUCGAGAGUGUUCAGUAAACCAUUUGUUGAAUGAAGGAGUGACUUGGUCCAUCAGUGCAAAUCUUUGAGUAGGUAGCUUUGUCCAUAUCAUUCAGUUAAAUGGAGUGGUGGAGUGGAUCACUUGGCAUGGUCACUGUGUUCUCUGCUGCACAAUUCUCCAUUUUCAUGAAUGUCCUAGUUAGGAUUUUUAUGGCUAUGAAGAGACACCAUGACCCUAGCAACUUUUACAAAGAAAACGUUUCAUUGAGAUAAUAUCUUACAGGUCCAGAGGUUCAGUCCAUUGUCAUCAUGAUAGGGAGCAUGGCAGCAUGCAGGCAGAUGUGGUGCUGGCUACACCUUGACCAGAAGGCAUCAGAAAGUCAACUGAUUGUCACACAGAAGGAAGCUUGAGAAAUAGAUCUCAAAGCCUGCCCCCACAGUGACAUACUUCCACCGACAAGGCCACACUUCUUGAUAUUGCCACUCCAUGUUGGGGGGACCAUGGACAUCGCAGCAUAUUUUGAAAGGAUUGGUUAUAAGAACCCAGUGAAUAAAUUGGACUUGGACACACUAACUGAAGUUCUUCAGCACCAGAUGCGAACAGUUCCUUUUGAGAACCUUAACAUGCAUUGUGGAGAAGCCAUGAAUUUGGACUUAGAGGCCACAUUUGACCACAUAGUGAGAAAGAAGCGGGGCGGGUGGUGUCUCCAGGCGAAUCAUCUUCUGUACUGGGCUCUGACCAAAAUGGGCUUUGAAACCACGAUGUUGGGAGGCUACGUCUACAUACUUCCAGUCAAUAAAUACAGUCGAGAAAUGAUUCACCUCGUAGUCCAGGUGACCAUCAGUGACAGGAACUACAUUGUCGAUGCGGCCUUUGGAGGCUCCUGCCAGAUAUGGGAGCCUCUGGAAUUAGUAUCAGGGAGGGAUCAGCCUCAGGUGCCUGGCAUCUUCCGUUUGACAGAAGAGAAUGGAACCUGGUACUUGGACCAAAUCAGAAGAGAGCAGUGUGUCCCAAACCAAGAAUUUGCUAACUCCGACCUCCUUGAGAAGAGCAAAUAUCGGAAAGUCUACUCUUUCACUCUGGAGCCGCGCACUAUUGAGGACUUUGAGUCCAUGAAUACCUACCUCCAGACGUCAUCAACAUCCGUAUUUAUACACACUUCAUUCUGUGCUUUGCAGACCCCAGAAGGUGUCUGUUGUUUAAUAGGCUCUACCUUUGCAAGUAGGAAAUUCAGCUAUAAGGACAAUGUAGAUCUGGUGGAGUUUAAGAAUGUAAAUGAGGAAGAAAUAGAAGAAAUACUGAAAGCUGUGUUUGGUGUUUCUUUGGAGAGAAAGCUUGUACCCAAAAAUGGUAACCUGUCUUUUACUAUUUAGGGUGAGGAGCAAAAUUGGUUUUCAUUACUAUUUCAUGUUCUUCAGCAUUUGAAACAAAUGCAGAUGUAUCCAAAGCAGUCCUUAUAGGGUCAUCACUGAACUUGAUAUUGAUCAACUAAUGAUGUGUAUCUUUUAUUUCCUACAUUCUGUGAAAAGAAAUCCUAGCGGCCCUGUCAUCUUACCAUGAAAAAUAUAAUCAGUUAUAAUUAAAUAAAAUUUUAAUGAAUAUAAUCACAAUCCUUUUCAAGAUUAAUCAUACAAAAAAUUCUUAAUGAAGAUGUGGUUAUCUUGGGAGCCAUAUUCACUUGCAAGAGAAAACCUUCAAACAUUAUGUUAUUGUUGAACUCACAUAAAACUUAUACUAGUAGUUCACUAUGAAUAAACACAACUGCAGGCAUUAAAUUCGGCGAGAAUAAACCUGAUGACCAAGGUUGACAAGAAGCCACCUUCACAACUUAGGAUCAAAAUAAAGCAAGCAAGAAAGAGUCAUCAAUUCAGUUCCAGGCAACUUCUUAGUCCCCAAGACAAAGCUCAAGGCAAUGCAAGGGGCUCGAUGAGAAGCUGCCAGGAUAAUGACAUGCUUGGAUUUUCUUCCAGGGUUAAUUUUGUGGCACACGUCUGUUUGUAUUUGA